AUGGAGAUGAACUUUGAUGAAGACGCUCUAGCCGUUGACGACCCCCGACGAGAUUACGACUUUGCAGACUUCAUGGACAAUUGGCGGCUGAGAUCGAUCAAAGACCGCCGUUUGCCGCCUUUCGAACUUGGACCGCAAACUUCAAUCCGACUUGGACGGCCCACGCGGCCUGUAUCGAGGCAUGAUGUUGCUUCAAGUAUUGAUGUGCAAGGCAUUCGGUGGGAGGUCAUUGGCCCAUUGAGAGGGAGCGCUGUCAAGGCACGAAGUAUCUUGCAUCCCUCGCCAGCCUCUGUGACAACGGAAGCUCGACAUGCGAAAAGAAAUAGGCAGCACAGGAAACACUACCAAUUUAGAUCUUUCAACCCAGCACACAAGGCGAAGGUCAGUCACUAUCAGCUGCGCAACGUCCUUGGAGCUACGAGCCGCAACGAAGUUUUCUACGCUACCGGAAGCCAAGUGAUGCGCACCUCACUGGCAUGCCCAGAUCUCCAGCAGACCGCGAUGGACCUUUCGAGACCGCAGAGCUCGAAUGCCGGAUUUCGCGUCACCUGUCUUUCAGCGUCGCCGAGGCAGAGCCUACAGAAUCAGGGAGUCCUCGUUGUUGGUGGAUUCUUUGGCGAGUAUGCUGUGUGCAACAUCGACUCCGCUGAUGGAGCUGUCAGUGAAGGCUUCGUAACUCAUGCCUAUAAUGGACUGGUGACGCAUAUCCACACGUAUGGCAACCGUCGCUCAGGGAUGCCACAAGCGGCUUUCUGCUCAAAUGACCGCAUGGUACGGUUGAUGGAUGUACCCUCCUUGCGGUUCACGAACGAAUUCGCAUACGAACAUGCGAUCAACUGCGCCUCAACAUCGCCAGAUGGACGGCUGAGAGUUCUUGUUGGCGACAGUCAGGAGACUCUGAUUACGAACGCCGAGACUGGCCACACGCUCGUCACACUCCGAGAACACGGCGAUCAUGGGUUUGCCUGCGAUUGGUCUCAAGAUGGCGUGCAUGUUGCUACAGCAGCCCAAGAUGGCGGCGUCUUGGUUUGGGAUGCUCGGAACUGGUCCAAGCCGUGCAAGUCUUGGGGCAGCUCAACAUCGUGCGCCCGGUCUGUACAGUGGACUGAUAAUGGCGCUCUCGUCGUUGCGGAGAAUGAUGAUAUCGUGAGAGUCUAUGACGGGGCGAAGGGGCAGCAUUACCAAGAGAUCGACUUCUUCGGUUCGAUCGCCGGCGUUGCAUUAGUCGACGGUGGCGAGGAGCUGAUUGUUGCGAACGCUGACAAGACUGUUGGUGGAUUGCUCUCGUUUGAGAGCUCGGCUCAGGGGUUCGGCGAGUGGAGUACUCGUGGGAGGCAGGUUGAUGAGAAAAUGAGCUGGAGCUCGGUGAGAGAGGUAGAAGCCACGUCGAGGCUUGUGGCAGAUAUCUUCGUAUGA